AUGAUACUACUCCGGGCUUCUGCAGCUGACGACCGGACGUUCAAAUUCUCACAGACGGCGUGCGUCGGCGGUUUUCGAGGCCGACCACACCUAGCGAUACCCGCCAGUAUCGGACCCUUGUACAUCGGUGCCCACUCGUUUCUCAACUCCGGCGCUAAACCGAUUGUCAACGGUUUUUCUUUUCGAUCAGACGACGCUAAAAAAAAUAUUUCUGCAUCAAUAAUAAUAUGUUUACGUAUUAUGCAUAAAUCGUACAAUGAUGAUACUGCACCUACGCCUGCGCACUACGUGUAA